AUCGCUGGAGGGACUCGGCGUAACCACAGCCAAUGGCUCUGGGGCGGGGGCGUGCUCCUGACCCCGGCUGCUUCCACGACCCGGCUCCGGGGCUAUGGCCGGGAGUGGGCGGCUGGCGCUGUGGACCGUUCCCGGGCAGAGCUGGGUGCGGGGCUCGGGGCCGGCCGUGCUAAGCCGCCUACGGGACGCGGCCGUGGUACGGCCCGGCUUCCUGAGCGCGGCCGAGGAGGAGACACUGAGCGGCGAGCUGGAACCCGAGCUGCGCCGCCGUCGAUACGAAUACGAUCACUGGGACGCGGCCAUCCACGGCUUCCGAGAGACAGAGAAGUCACGCUGGUCAGAGGCAAGCCGGUCCAUCCUGCAGCGUGUGCAGGCAGCCGCCUUUGGCCCCGGCCAGACCCUGCUCUCCUCGGUGCACGUGCUGGACCUGGAACCUCGGGGCUACAUCAAGCCACACGUGGACAGCAUCAAGUUCUGUGGCUCCACGAUCGCUGGCCUGUCCCUGCUGUCUCCCAGCGUCAUGCGGCUGGUGCACACCCAGGAGCCAGGGGAGUGGCUGGAACUCUUGCUGGAGCCGGGCUCCCUCUACAUCCUUAGGGGUUCGGCCCGUUAUGACUUCUCCCACGAGAUCCUUCGGGAUGAAGAGUCCUUUUUUGGGGAGCGUCGGGUUCCCCGGGGCCGACGCAUCUCCGUGAUCUGCCGCUCCCUCCCUGAGGGGAUAGGGCCUGGGGAGCCCGGGCAGGUGCCCCCACCCUGCUGACCCCGGGACCCUCCCCCCCAGCUGCUCAAGACACCGUGUUUGUGAAUAAAGUUGUUGGAGAGUGGACAA